UAUUUACAAGUGUAUGAUUGAUUGCUUUUUUUCCCUCGUCUUUUUGGAUUUCUACAACAUACAAAGUCAUUAACUUUACUUUACUCAGUGAGUCACUGAAGAUAAAAAGAAAAAGCAAUCAACUUUCUUUCCCGGAAAAUGUUAAGCUCUAACCACCAAGUUUUCCCGGAAGAAAGCUGCAAACUUUCUUUCCCGGGAAAAUUUUGAAUCUCCAGCUUGGUCACUUCUCCUCUUCCUCCAUAUAUUUUUCUUGACAAUUUUUUUUUACUUUCCUUUUCCCGAAAAAUGCUAAGCUCCUCCAGCUCUGUUUUCUUCCAACUCUGUCUUCUUCUCUUCCUCCAUUUUUCUUCACUGCAAAUCUUUUCAUUAUCAGAAUCCGAUUACACUCCACCAGACAAGUACUUCAUCGCUUGCGGUUCCAAAACCAACAUCACCACCAAAGAUAGCCGAACCUUCAUCGGAGACAGAACAAAAAAGCCACCAUUUUUUCUCUCAACAGGACAAAGCAAACCCAUUAUUAACACUGAUGAAACCUCAAACGACAUGUCGUUUCUCUAUAAAACGGCAAGAGUUUUCAAAACCCCAUCGUCGUAUGAGCUCGAAGUUGACAAGAAAGGUACUUACAUGGUACGCCUUCAUUUCUACUCAUUUCCCUCUGAAUUCAAUCUCUCCCAAGCAGUUUUCGAUGUUGUGGCAUCUGGGUAUUCUUUAUUAUCCAAUUUCAGUGUCAGAAAAAGUAGUGAUCGACCAAUUGAGGAGUUUAUUCUUCCAGUUAAAAAGGAAAGAUUCAAACUUUACUUUCACCCAUUAAAGAACUCACCUUUAGCUUUUGUAAACGCCAUAGAAGUCUUUCUUGUCCCUGAAGAAGAUCUUCUCCCAAACUCUGCUCAACUAAUCACUUCAGAUGGUGAAAAGGGUAAUCAAAGUAAUUUGGUUUCUUUGGUGUACCGUACAAUCCAUAGAAUCAAUGUUGGGGGUGACAAUAUCACAUCAGAGAGUGAUUUGCUAUGGAGGACAUGGUUAGAAGAUGAUGGUUUUCUCAUAAACCCAAAAGCUACAAAGAAGAGUGAGUAUUAUGAUGGUAAACUCAACUUUUUGAGUGGAGGGUCAACUAAGUAUAGUGCACCAGAAUAUGUUUACAAAACAGGAAGAGAGUUGAAUGUUGAAGCUAAUUUCUCUAAGGCAACUUGGGCUUUUCCUGUGAGUAAGACUGCUAUGAAAUAUCUAGUUAGAGUUCACUUAUGUGAUAUUAUUGGUAAAGGUCUUAGUGUGUUUGAUUUCAGUCUCUUUGUUUACAACAAGUUUAUUAAGACCAUUGAUGCUUUUGAUGAGAUUGGAAAUUUGCAAUCUCCAUUUCAUCUUGAUUAUGUUGUUGAUACAAAUGGUUCUGGUUUUAUCAAUAUAAGCAUUGGUUUGGGGCCUAGUAAUAAUUGGUCUAAUGUUCCUAAUGCCUACUUGAAUGGAGUUGAGAUUUUUGAGAUUGAGAAGAUUUCUAGCCUACUUAUUCCUUUGGAAAGUCCACAUAAGAAGAAUCAAAAUGGUUUGGUAGUUGGUUCAGGAUCAUGUGUUGGUUUUCUGAUCAUUAUAGGGAUUUUGAUCAUAGCUUUGAUGGUUUUGAGGAGUAGAAAAGCAAAGUCUAAAAGAAAUUCUAGUGAGUUCCUUUAUGGAGGAAUGAAUUUGGCUGAUCAUGAUAUACCGAAUGCUUCGAACUUACAACUUAGACUGAAGAAAUCUUUUGCUGAAAUCAAACGCGCCACUGACAACUUUGAUGAAAAGAAGUUAGUUGGAGAAGGUGGGUUCGGGAAAGUUUACAAAGGAACUCUUAAAGAAAAAGAAGAACACAUUGAAGUUGCUGUGAAACGAAGCCAACCCGGGCAUGGACAAGGGGUAACAGAGUUUCAUACAGAGGUAUUGGUGUUGUCUGAACUAAGACAUCGCCAUCUUGUUUCCUUAAUCGGGUAUUGUGAUGAAAGGAAUGAGAUGAUACUUGUUUACGAGUACAUGGAAAAUGGGACUUUAAGAGAUCAUCUUUAUGAUAUGAAGGAAGAAAAGACCAAAUUAUCAUGGGAGAAAAGACUUGAAAUCUGCUUAGGUGCAGCCCAAGGUCUUCACUACUUGCAUACUGGUUCUGUCAAGGAAAUCACUCAUAGAGAUGUGAAGUCAACAAACAUCUUACUUGAUAAAAACUUCAAUGCUAAAGUUUCUGAUUUUGGUCUUUCUAGAUCAGGAGAUCCAAAUCAUGAAGCUGAGGGUUUGAAAGGUAGCUUUGGUUAUAUGGAUCCUGAAUACUUUAGGACUUCACAAUAUACAGUCAAAUCAGAUGUUUACUCUUUUGGAGUUGUACUUCUUGAGAUACUUUGUGCUAAACCAGCCAUAUUCUCUCAACCCAAGGAGGAAAAUGUAAGCUUGGCUAAAUGGGGAAUGGAGUAUUAUAGAAAUGGGCAGCUAGAGAAAAUCAUUGAUCCUUCAUUGUCUUCUGAAAUAGACACAGCUUCAUUGAGAGUUGUUGGGGAUAUAGCUGAGAAGUGUUUGAAGGAAAAUGGUUCAGAGAGGCCUACAAUGGAUGGUGUAGUAUGGGCCCUGAGAUAUGCAUUACAGCUUCAUCAAAUUGCAUCAAGAAGAGAGGGUUUUGAAGACACUUUUACUACCAACAGUUCACUUGAAACUCUAUUCCCAAGUGUUCAUCACAUGCCUACUAAUGCAUUCCCUGUUGAAAUUGAUGAUGAUGAUGAUGAUGCUUCCAUGUAUGGUGAUAUUUAUUCAAACACUUUCUCCACUCAGUUUUCUACUACUAAUGAGUUGUAAUCAUUUGCAUAUCAGAAUGUUUUUCUUUUCUGUGUUUAAAGUCAUUAGCUUAAAUUUUGGUAAUUUGCCUAAUUUGCGGUAAAA